AUGGCGCAGCUCAUGCGAAUCAGCCGAGCCUUUGGAUCGGGCCUCGUGACUAGACGUUGCCAGCAUGCCCGGCUCGCGCCCAGCGUGGCCCGUGGGCAGCGUUCCGUGCUCGCCCGGGCUGAGCAAGAGCCAUCGACAUCUACCAAGGCCGAGGAGGGAUCGCAGCAGCAGCCGGGCGAGGACCUGCCGUCGUGGGUGCGCCGCGAGAAGGAGCGCGAGCUGGCUGAGGCCGGCAGCAAGGACCUGCCGUGGCCCCUCUACCUGGUGCUGUCCUGCCUGGUAGCAAUCGCCUCGGUGGGGUCGGUCUUUGAGUACGUUGACCGCAACGCGAUCUUCGGUGUCGUCCAGCCCGACAGCCCCCUCUGGGCCCCCAUCCUCGGCCUCUUUGCCAUCACUGGGCUGCCUACCGCUGGCUUCCUGUUCUUCAAGGGCGUCAAUGCGGCCAACGAGGCAGCAGAGAGGCAGGACCGCAUCGACGGCUAUAUUAAGUAG